UGUAUGGAUGUGACUGUGGCUGGUUGGUUCCGCUUGUACCUAGUGGGGCAUCUUUGUCUCAUGGUUAAUUGAUGAAGCCAACUUGUCAGUUUGGUCCGUCCAUCAUGGCAACUUGUGAUUGAUUUAAUUAACCAUUUUUCCGGUUCUUGUCUUCGCUCUCUACACUUCUUAAUCCUCUCCUUAAGACUUCUUUUUCUGAUUUAUUCACCAGUUUCUUAUCCCCUCAGGCUUUUUCCAUAUUUUCCCCCUUGAAGAUCCUGGGAAUGGCACGCUCUAAGCAACCAGCUAUCAAGCGCGAGGCAUCCUCAGAGUUCUUCAAUAAGACCACUGCAACAUGGGAGGAUACUAAUGGAUCACAAAAGAGCCCUUCCAAUGGAAACCUUACGAAUAAGGUCUUGCCUGUUUCCGUGUCUGCGCAAGAGGCUGGGCUCUUCCAGCUUGUCAUCGCCGUCACUGGAAUCUAUGCUUCAUUCCUCACCUGGGCUUAUCUUCAAGAGAAGCUCACUACAAAACCAUAUGGUCCCGUCGACGCCCCAGAAGUCUGGCACUUCCCCGUCUUCCUCAACACCAUCCAGUCCGUCUUCGCCGCCAUCGUAGGCGCUGUCUAUCUCUAUGUCUCGACGCCCAGCAACGCCGCCGUUCCUCCUAUUGUCCCCUCGCGCCGCAUCCUUGGGCCUCUCGCGCUUGUUGCUGUCACGAGCAGCCUCGCGAGCCCUUUUGGCUACGCAUCACUUGCCCAUAUCGACUAUAUCACGUUCCUCCUUGCCAAGAGCUGCAAGUUGCUACCUGUCAUGUUCCUUCACAUCACUGUCUUUCGCCGUCGAUAUCCGCUGUACAAGUAUCUCGUGGUUUCGGCCGUGACCCUCGGCGUCGCUGUCUUCACGCUGCACUCUGGAAAGAAGAAGGGCAGCAAGGUCCGACCUGACGAUGCAAGCACAGCAUGGGGCCUGUUAUUGCUGGGUAUCAACCUCCUCUUCGAUGGGUUGACAAACAGCACUCAGGACCAUAUCUUCCAGGCAUUCCGACCGUACUCGGGCCCUCAGAUGAUGUGCGCCAACAACAUCAUGAGCACUAUUGUCACGGGUACCUACUUGAUCGUCAGCCCUUGGUUGGUCGCUACAGGUCUCGGAGAGUGGUUUGGCAUGGACGUCGCUGGCAACGCGGGUGAGCUCAAGGCUGCUUUGGAUUUUAUGGCUCGUUAUCCCGCUGUCUGGAAAGAUGUUCUCGGUUUCGCUGCAUGCGGUGCUGUCGGUCAGGUCUUUAUCUUCUACACGCUGUCUACAUUCUCAUCCGUUCUUCUCGUCACUGUCACUGUAACACGCAAAAUGUUCACCAUGAUACUAUCUGUUCUCGCUUUCGGACACCGGCUCACCCAGAUGCAGUGGCUUGGUGUCGCGCUUGUAUUCGGCGGCAUCGGCGUUGAGGCUGGUAUCGCGCGACAGGAGAAGAUGGCCAAGGAGGCUGCUAAGGCACAGCAAAACGGCAAGAAGGAGCUGUAAAUGCAUCUCACUGAUUCUCUUUGUUAUUGUGCGAUAGAAUACAAUAUGUAUAAUGGCUCGAAGGGGGCACAGCCGAAAGAAAUUAGGAGUAUAUCGUGUUUAAGGGGCGUUUGCAGGCAUUGAUUAAACCAAUCCCAACCCCUCAUGGUAAUUCAGGGUAAAUGCCCGAGUGCAUCUGCUUUGAAAACGUACACUUCAUAAUCUAUCACAUAGAAGAAACGAGGGCCGAUACGAUGUGUAAUCUGUUUGAUUAACACCUAGGUAGAUAAGCACUAUGUAAAGCCUUCUUCACACGGUCUUGCUGUACCAAGAACCCUUUUGCUUCCUGGGGAAAAACGCCGUGAUGCUAUAACCCAACACAGUAACUCGUCUUUUCCUUAGCAACACCUGUACAUGCACAACCCCUUUCCAUGACUGGGUAUUUGAGCCCUCCCAAUGAUUCCCCUUGGGGUACCUGAAGCCAUACGCCACUUGUAUUUCGUUGUCCAAAACGGACAAAGCGAGAACCAAAAAUAAAACUGAAACAAGAGUGACAAGACCGAAUGUCUUCGUCUAUAUUACACUAGGUCAUCGUGAACCCAUCCGACGCCAUGCGCUGUGCACUGCUGAAAAAGAAGGAGAGAGAAAAAGCGAAUGGUUGGUAUGAGGAGGACAUAACGAUUGGAGAAGAUCGGUGACAAAGAAGAUGUAUUUGGUUAUUUGCGUGUCAUCGUACGGAAGGCUGAGAGACCAUCCGGAAUCGAGGGUCGGAUGGAGUGCAGUUAAAACCCUGCCCUGUUGCUAAAACGCCCCUGAAAUGCUGUGGUUCAUAUUGUAGAACAGCGAAUAGGAUGUAUAAAAUGAAAACAAUAGCGAUAGUAAUUCGUCGUACUUCUUCCCUUGGAAAUUGGUUUGUUCGGCUUGACAG